AUGCUUAAUUUUGCUCAACAAUUAUUUGGAUCUGAUACAAAUAAAGAAUUUGCAAUGUUUGAUUCAUUUUAUGAACAUCCAGAUUUAAUGUUUCUUAAUGAUGCAACAGUGCAAUUAACAUGUAUAACAACAAGUCUUGAUGAUUAUCUUAGUCCAGAUAUAAUACAAUUAUUACAUCGUACUGAAUCACAAAUGUGUAAUAUAGCUUCAUAUCAUUUUAUAUCAUAUAACUUUUUCUUUUUUCUUAUAUUUUAUUUGUAUAAAUAA